AGCGAGAGGGGAAAAGGCCGGGAGAGCAGAGGAGAGGAAGGACCAAGGACGGACGGAGGAAGAAGCAUCCUCCUGUCCCAUCCCUAUCCGUGGAGGUCGAGGGGAGAGAGGGAAAGGCCGGUGGAUCCGAUGGACAGCAGCUUCGGCCGCCGGAGCAGCAGCCAUGGCGGCGUGGACGGCGAGUGGCGGCGGUGGGCGGUGCUGGUGGCGACGGUGUGGGUGCAGGCGCUGACGGGGACCAACUUCGACUUCUCGGCCUACUCGUCGGCGCUCAAGGCGUCUAUGGGCGUCUCCCAGCAGUCGCUCAACUACCUGGCCACCGCCUCCGACCUCGGCAAGGCCUUCGGCUGGUCCUCGGGGCUGGCGCUGCUCUACAUGCCGCUCCCGGCGGUGCUGCUCCUGUCCGCCGCGCUCGGCCUCGCCUCCUACGCCCUCCAGUACGGCAUCCUCCUCCCCUCCUCCACGCUCGCCGCCACCCUCCCCUACCCCGCGGUGUUCUUGAUCUGCCUGGCAGCAGGGUGCAGCAUCUGCUGGUUCAACACGGUCUGCUUCGUGGUCUGCAUACGCAGCUUCUCUGCAGCCAACCGCCCCCUGGCCCUCUCCCUCUCCAUAAGCUUCAACGGGCUCAGCGCCGCAUUCUACACCCUCUUCGCCAACGCUCUCUCCCCUUACUCACCAUCCGUCUACCUCCUCCUCAAUGCCACCCUCCCCCUCGCCGCCUCCAUCAUUGCGCUCCCAGCGAUCCUCCUCUGCCACCCACAUGAUCACAGCAGCCUCCACACUUUGCCAAAGCAUGACAGGCGUGUCUUCCUCUGCUUCUACACCAUCGCAUUUGUCACCGGCAUAUAUUUAGUGACCUUCGGUUCUGUCACCACAACCAGCUCUGCUGCAAGGGCCGUCCUCAUGGGCGCCAUGGCCCUCCUCACACUUCCUCUCAUCAUCCCUGCCGCCUCGAGCUGUUCUAGCGUGGGCACACAUGAUCCUGACACUGAAUUGACACUCAACCACAACGAUCCACAGAAGCCGCUCCUUCUCAACCAUGAUGACCACACGGAGACCAACGGCAGCAUGGCACAUAAAACAGUGGAAUGGCAGCCCAAGGGCUGUUGCUGUGGGACGAUACUGGACAAGGGCUGUGUGUUGGUUCUUGGUGAGGAGCAUAGUGCAAAGAAGCUCAUCCGAUGUGUCGAUUUUUGGCUCUACUACACAGCGUACUUCUGUGGUGCCACUGUUGGGCUGGUGUACAGCAACAACUUGGGGCAGAUUGCGCAAUCGUUGCAAUGUCAACCACAGCUCACCAUGCUUCUUGCAGUUUACUCCUCUUGCUCCUUCUUCGGCCGCCUUCUCUCUGCACUCCCUGACUUCCUUCACAGGAGGGUGUCAUUUGCUCGGACAGGGUGGCUUGCGGUGGCAUUGGUGCCCAUGCCAGUGGCUUUCUUCUUGAUGUGGAAAUUGCACGAUGUAAACACUCUGAUAGCAGGAACGGCGUUAAUUGGCCUAAGCUCAGGUUUCAUCUUCGCUGCGGCAGUGUCAGUGACAUCCGAGCUCUUCGGACCAAAUAGCAUCGGUGUGAACCACAACAUCCUCAUCACCAACAUCCCUCUUGGCUCACUCCUCUACGGACAGAUUGCUGCCCUGGUAUAUGAUGCAAAUGGCCGAAAGAGUACGGUACUGGACAACCUCACUGGCACGGUUGACACCACGAUAGUGUGCAUGGGUGCGAAGUGCUACUCAAACACAUUCUUUGUGUGGGGUUGCAUCACAGUGCUGGGCUUGGCAUCAAGCGUAGCCCUAUUCUUGAGAACAAGACAGGCCUAUGCUACUGCUGCUGGUCAAUCUAGUUCUAAUUACAAGGGGUUGGAUGUUGAAUGGAGGAGGGAGGGACUCACAGAAGCCGGUGUGGAUCAUGAAAAGCUCCAUGGCGGCGCCUAUGGCCGCGCCGCCGACGGCGAUCUUCAGCCGACAGUCAAGGGCGUGGUCGACGACGACGAGGACGCUUCCCGGGAAUCGGAGCCUGAAAGGAAUGAGGAGGAAGCUAUGACUGCGACGGGCACGCUGCCGGGAUGGCUCACGCUUGACACGGUUGGGAUGGAUAUCCUGAGCAUCGCCGCGCCCGCUGUGCUCGCGCUCGCCGCCGACCCCAUCGCUGCGCUCGUCGACACCGCCUUCGUCGGCCAUAUAGGUUCAACCGAACUUGCUGCUGUGGGUGUAUCGAUUUCGAUCUUCAAUUUGGUGUCCAAGUUAUUUAACGUUCCACUGCUUAACGUGACCACAUCUUUUGUUGCUGAGCAGCAAGCAGUAGAUGAUAGUUAUAGAGGAACAGGAGAAAAUGAAUUUCGAAGAUCCCGAGAUAAUAAGUUGAGUGAAGAAAGGAAGUUUCUUCCGGCAGUCACGACAUCUUUGGCUCUAGCUUCUGGUAUUGGGUUGAUGGAAACUCUGGCACUUAUUUUUGGAUCUGGAACAUUGAUGGAUGUCAUCGGUAUACCAGUGGAUUCCCCAGUGCGUAUACCAGCCGAGCAAUUUCUUACUUUUAGGGCAUAUGGUGCUCCACCUAUCAUAGUAGCACUUGCAGCACAGGGUGCAUUUCGUGGGUUGAUGGAUACAAAGACACCUUUGUACGCUAUUGGUGUUGGUAACCUAGUAAAUGCAAUACUUGAUGCGAUAUUUGUCUUUCCGCUUGGUUUAGGAGUAAGAGGUGCUGCGCUGGCGACUGUAACAUCUGAGUACGUGAUAGCUUACAUCCUCCUUUGGAAGUUGAAUAGUAAAGUAGUAAUCUUCUCAGGAAAGAUCAUUGGUGGUGGAAUGAUACGCUACCUGAAAUCAGGUGGACUGCUGAUCGGUAGGACCAUAGCAGUGCUCCUCACCAUGACACUGUCGACAUCUCUUGCUGCAAGGGAAGGGCCUGUUCCAAUGGCUGGCCAUCAGUUAUGCUUGCAAGUAUGGUUGACAAUCUCUUUACUCAAUGAUGCAUUAGCUCUUGCUGGACAGGCUCUGCUUGCAACUGAAUAUACGAAAAGAAAUUACAAGCAGGCGCGCAUGGUUCUCUACAGAGUUCUGCAGAUUGGAGGGGCGACUGGUACGGCACUCGCUAUAAUCUUGUUUUUUGGGUUUGGGUCUUUCUCCUCGCUGUUCACAGACGAUCCAGCAGUUCUGGGUAUUGCCAAAUCUGGUGUCUGGUUCGUCGCCAUCUCCCAGCCAAUAAACGCUGUUGCUUUUGUGGUCGAUGGGCUCUACUAUGGUGUAUCUGACUUUGCAUAUGCUGCCUACUCCAUGUUCUUUGCAGGAGCCAUAUCAUCGGCUUUCCUACUUGUUGCUGCUCCUGAAUUUGGUCUUGGUGGCGUCUGGGCCGGUCUCAUUCUUUUUAUGAGUUUGCGAGCAGUUGCUGGGUUGUGGAGAUUAGGGAGCAAAGGUGGACCCUGGAACUCGAUCUUGUCAGAGACUGACUUACGCGACAAAAUGUGAUACCCUAGAUAAUUUUAUGAGAAGAUGAAAAGAUAGAAAAAUAAGACAUAUAUUGGUUUUCUUGUAUAGUUACUUGGCAAAUACAUGUACAGAUCCAGUGGAAGUUGCAAACUUCAUUUACUGCCAAGGCUUGUCACUAAAGUUGUAGCCGUAGAAGCACCUCUUACUUUGUUGUGGCAUUUGUUGCAAAUGCUACAGGUAGUUGGUUUGGCUGUUCUGUACACCUUCAGAUCUACCCUAGAUAAUUAUGAAUCCUGUGAAAUGUAGUUCUUACGUAGCUGAUGUGUAACCGUAGAAGCAUUCUCCACUUUGUUGUAGCCAUUAUUGCAAGUGCUACAAAAAGUUGGUUUUAGCUGUUUUGUACACCAUGUGCAAGAAAAAUAUAGUUUGCUAGCCCAACAUGUGCAUGGAGUAUUGCAACUUCUACUGUAAAUGAGCUAUGAUGUGCGGCUUUUA